AUGCCUUUCAUUGGUUCUACCGCAGCAGAUAGAGACGUGAUCGAUAGGGACCCGGGGGACUUCGACUCAUGCGGAGGCAAGUCAGGAAUAACAGAAGAUUCUGUCGUCGACGAUUCACCAUCACAAUGCGAGGACUCCCCAGCAGCGUCAAAGAAGGGUACUUCGCCAUAUGCUCAAGCUGUAAGGGCACGGAAGAUACCCCACUCCGCAAAUGAGGCCAGCACCCAAGACCUCCUAAUACUCAAGAUGAUGGACGCGGGGGAACCUUGGCCCAAGAUCCACGCAGCAUUCGAGAAUCUUACUCACCACAAACCAAGCAGUGCUGCACUACAGAAGCGCUACAAGCGCAUGAAGACGAACUUCGGCCAAGCAAGCUCCAAAUUGCAUGGCGUAGUUGAACCGAACGCCAAUCCAGGAAAGGGCUCAAAGGGCCCCACAGCAAACUCAACACACUCUACACGAGAUGUAAUUUCCGUCGAGGUGGAACUCGAGUCGGAGAAUACAGCAGUCGGUCCGACCAGUGAGGUCCCGAAAGGCGCGCUCGACUUUGCAUCCUUAGCGCAAAGGUUCAAUUGCUACGAUGAGGAAUCGCUUCACAGCAUCAUACUGAUCCCAAACUUCCUCAAUCCUUGGGCUGAAUUUCGAGACAUUUUUCUCCUUGCCACAAGCCCUUGUGGACCCCCUUACCGAGUUACCGAAGAGCUAGAGCGCACUACAUUCGGAUAUAUUAAGGACGUCGGAGCUACGCCUUAUGAUUGGCCCGACGAGGAUGAAGUCAAGCAUUGGGGCCCUCUCGAACACUACGGCUGCGUCAUUUACAAGAUUUGUAAGACCUUUGCGACCAAAUUGGGCCCACUGCAUAACGCCUUCCGGGGAAAGAAUGGACUUGAAGCUGUACAGAACGUGGCUGCGCUCGUGCAUUGCGUGGAAAGAGAGUACUACGAAGCGUUCCAAUCCAAGCCUUCUGACCUUGUUCGUGGCAUUGAAGAGCGAAAGCCUACCAAGAUUCCACAUCUAUCGCCUAUUCCGUAUGUGAGAGCUCUCGAACGACUUGGCGGCAAUACCACGGAAAAUGCCCGCCAUUACACCUUGAUGACUACGGAGAGGUGGCUCAAUAAGUCAACAAAGAAAGAACUUCUGCGUUUCAUCACGGAUGAGGAGACGCUGCUGGAAGAGAUACCGAUCAAAGACUUGAAGCAAUUCGCCCUGAAAGUGCUCAUACGCACGGUGGAGGAGACCAACGAUAGGGCGGUACUCUAUGACCUUAUUGAAGGUAAUCCCACAGAAGUGGAAGAAAUGAAGGAACUUGCCUUGAGGACGCUUCCGGGAAGACUAGCGAGUGUGCCGGAUAAGACCAAGUUAGAAGCUUUCAUCAAGGAGCAUAACUUGGAGGAUGAAGACGACGGUGCUGGGAUGCCAGUCAUAUCUCUGUAGACUCCGACGCCAAAAUGCGGAGGCAAUGUCAAAUCUUAUGGAAGUGGAUUGAAGGGCAGACUGGAGACGGUUAUUUUGGGGUUCAUAUUGGAAGCGCUCUAGGCAGAGUGUGCUCAAGUAACACGGCCGUCUAAGUCACUCCAGCCUAGUGCGUGGUUCUGCUGGUAAAAAUUGGGACUGGGGUUGACUCGAGGUGGCUUUUGGGGAUGACUGAUGUUUCUGCUUCACUUCACUUCACUUCCCAUUCAUCUGAGCUCUACUAGAGUAGUCCACUACUCCUACAUCCGUGAUCUUUUAUCUCUUAGUCUAGUACUCUUAUUCUACUCAGCUCAUGGGCGC